AAAAACCCUAAUUUAUUGCAAAAAAUGCGUUUUGAAACUGACAGUUUAAAUUUUCGCGCGGAAACGGACCUAUAGUUCCGAUGACGUCAUACCUGUUUGUCAAUGUCUGUCACUGUCACUGUUCACUGUUUGUUAUCGUCGCUGGCUUUUUUCAAAAUUUCCUCUAUUUUCAAGAUACAUUUUGAUAAAACUAAUAAUGGACAUCCCAUCAACAUCUGGUGAUUACAACAACAGCACUAAAAAAAGCCGGAUUGACUCAUGUUUCGUGCCAUUGUGUCCAUCAACUUCAACCAAAUUUCCUAAUAAAUUGUUUUUAACUGGGCCUUCUGAUCCCAAACUGAGAAAAAAGUGGUUCCAAGCUGCGAGGAGAACGGAUAAGUAUUCUCCAAAGACCAUCAUUCGAUGCUGUGAAGACCACUUUGAUUUGGAGAACGAUGUCGAAAAUUGGAUGAAGUUUAAAAUGUUUGGAGGAAAACUUUUCCUGAAAAAAGACGUGGUACCACAUAUUUUUGAGUGCCAGAAUAGAAUGAUGCCACCAAAACCCAGAUCAGUAUUAAUGAAAAGGAAAAGAAGUGAAAUUCUUGAUAGCAUUGAAAAUACACCAGAUCCAUCUUCAGAGUGUUCAUUAAACACCGAAACACCUGAUUCACAGAAUAUUGAAAUAUGUCCAAUAUCCAAUGAUAAAAGUGUACAAAUGGCUAUAUAUCCCUAUAAACGAUCGAGCCGUUUGCAGGUUUGGAGUGGAAACUCAGAGAAGCCAGUGAAGAAAAGAAUUUCAGGAACAGAUAAUGAGAGUGAAGACAGUGAAUCUGAAGAAAUUGAUGAUAGUGAAAUCCCACACAUUAUCCAGAUCAGCCCAUUUGACGGCACCUGUAUACAUUGUAAGACUGAGCAGCCUUGUACCUACCGAUAUACCACCAAGGAUAAUGAAACCGCCUACUUAUGCUCUGAGGCAUGUGCCAACAACUUCCAGAGAAAAGGUCCUGGGCAAUACUUCAGAACACACAAAAAGUAUUUAAUUAAAGAAAUUGUACCAAAAGUCUUAACAUGCACAGAAUGUGAAGAAAUAAAAACUUGCUACUUUUAUUACAAUUACGACGGCGAGGACACCAACUACUGCUCCAUGGCCUGCCUCAACAGUAUGAUGGCCGAUGAAGCAGACAAAUACAUGUUCAUGAGACAAAUCAUUGUCGUAGUCAAAGAAGUCGUACCCAAAGAAGGCGAGUGCUGUGUUUGCAAUGUUCACAAAAGCUGCUCAUACUCCCUGACUAGGUAUGGGGAAGCUUUGCUAAUCUGUGAAAAAGCAUGCAUUAAAACCUUAAAUGCCAAAGAAAGUGGUAGAUAUAUGAUUAGAAGGAAUAAGAUAACGAAACACAUUGUUGAGCCAUGCAUUCUUCCUGAAGAAAAUGUUAGAUAUAUAACUAUAAGCAAAGCAACAAGGAAACAAACUAUUGUGCCACGAAUUGUUCCUGAGGAAAAUGCUAGAUAUGUGAUUAAAAAGGGCAUAACUCCACGAAAACAACCUACCAAGUCACAGAAUCCUCCUUUGCUUAAUUUAAAAGUUAUUUGUAAUGCAACAGAUAAGUAUUUAGACAAAGCGUAUAAGAUAGGACGGAUAGAUAGACGGAAGACUCCCGCAAUGGUGCAAGCCGUGAUGGAAAAGAGAGAACGGAUUUUGCAAGCCGCGAAGGAAGAGAGAGAACGUACUUUUAUUCGGACGUGUCACAAAUGCCAAAUUAUUCUUAAUCUUGGCGAAAAAUUAUUGACUUGGGAAACUAUGGACUUUUGUGGUGAAUUGUGUUUAGGACGGUAUCUGAAUAAAAUUGGAGCUCGAUGCGCGAAUUGUAAGAACAAUGUGCAACAUACUAGUUUAGGGAAAUAUUGCGUACGAUUCGGUUUCAAAAUCCGUCAGUUUUGUAACAAUGCGUGUUUGGAAGAGUUUAAGAAAGGGUUGAAAAUGUGUCAUUACUGCCAAAAAGAUAUAUCAGUGGGACAUCAAAGUUUUCUGGCUCCCGUCGGUGAUAAACGACAGCUUAAAGACUUUUGUUCACAAGCUUGUGUGGAGAAGUUUGACCUGAUGAGUAAAAACCCGAUACCUCAACCAGUGUGGGCGAAGUGUGCUGUGUGUUCCUUAGAAAAAGCAAAUUCGAUUGAAGUGGAAGUGAGUGAGGAAUUGUCACAAAGGUUGUGUUCAGAUGCCUGUUUUACAGCAUUCAAAUUCGUCAACAAUAUCGUUCCAGACCAGUGUCGUUGGUGCAAAAAAUACUUUGAACGGAAGCAGAGUAAAUGUUUUACAAUCUACGAAGGUUCAAACACCCACUGUUUCUGCUCAAAGUCAUGUAUGAAUGUAAGGUGCGUUGGGGUAAGAUCGGCGGAGGGGUAAGAACGUACAAAUCAAAUAUCUCACUUAUUUGGCUAUAUUUUUUAAUGCUGAUCACAUUGCGUGGCACGUCAUUAAGUCCCGCCCCACCCCGCGGUGACCACCACUCGCUCCGGUCAACACAGACGUGUACCCGCGCCGUUUUAGAAAAAAGGCAAAUUUUAUAAAAUAUUUGUUUAUCCGGUCUUUC